AUGAUCCAAGCCCAACUGAUCUCGGUCCAUACGGUAUGGUACUCCCUCUCGCAGGUUGUCCCACGUUUCGACUUCCAAUCUCAAGUCUCGGACUCUCGCCCAUCUAUUUCCUCGCUCCUGGCACCCAUAGCGCUGAGACCCUCACGAACAAUGUUUGUCGCGCAGCGACCGAGAGGAACAAGAAUGAAGAGCAAGAAACGGGGGGACAGCCGCCGGUAUGUAUUCAAGGUCUUCCAACAUGGCAACUCGGCUAUCCUGCAAAGCGUGGCUGUGCCUCUCCAAUCACUAGCCCCAGGUCAAGCUGUGGCGAGAAAAUAUUAA